UGAAAACACAAGUCAAAUAAUUUAUAAAAGCAGUAUAAUUAAUAGCCUGAGAACAUUUGAAUAAAUAUCAUCAAGAAAUUGUAUUGUUUCUGCUUUUGAGAAUUAUAAACAGUAAGCAUUUAGUUUUAAGCAUACACGGGUGUUUUGUGAAUAUGUUUUUCAAAUUUAAUGGAAGUGGACAUACCCUAUGGCAAUGGCUGUUUGGUAUUAUAGCUUCGUUGGGAUUCCUUCUCUACGGCCUGGAGGCAGCCUGGCUGUCUCCAACGACAAAGUACCUUCAAUCCACGGAAUCCCCCUUGGGAUAUCCCCUUUCCAAGAAUGCCAUAUCCUGGAUCGGUAGUAUUAACUGCUUCGCAUCAGCGUUCUUCGUCAUACCGUUCUCCUACUCUGCUGACAAAUUUGGCAGAAAAUGGAUUGUGAUUGCUACGGUUACUCCCAGUAUAAUUUCCAUACUUCUAAGGCUUUUUGUGCCAAACCUAAUAGUGUUGCUCGUAACACGGGCCCUCGUCGGCAUAGCGGGUGCCGGCAUCUUUGUUGUGAUACCGAUAUAUGUGCGUGAACUGUGCCAGACUAAUUUAAUAGGUACAAUAGGAUCUUUGGGAGCGCUAUUACAAAAUAUUGGAAUUGUUCUAAUGUAUCUCCUCGGAGCAUACUUCGAUUAUUAUACAAUGCUGUGGAUCUGUUUAGCUUUUAACGUUCUGAUGGCGACAAUGAUGAUAUUUGCUCCUGAAUCACCAGCGUAUCUCGUCAAACGUGGCCAUAUUGAUAAAGCAUAUUCUACUGUAGCGUUUCUCAGAGGUUUGAAUGAAAACAAUGCCGUCGUAAAAAACGAAAUAGAACACAUCCAACUAAAGGAGGAGGAAUAUAAAAACAUACCUAAGCUGGGUUAUAGGGAAAUAUUUAAGAACAAGUCAUGGCGCAACGGCUUUAUAAUAAUGAUGCUGGUCUGGACCACAUAUGGAUGGAAUGGUGCCCUCACGAUCAUUACUUACGCUUCAGUUGUACUUGAGUCUACUGGUUCUAACAUUAAUAUCAGCCCGGAAAUACAAUCCAUCAGCUUUCCCGUUGUAUCGAUUAUUGCUGCCUUUACUUUGACCAUUGUUGCUGAGAGGUGUGGAAGAAAGGCUCUUCAUGCGGGAUCGUAUGCUCUAUCUGGGUUUUCAUUUAGUCUACUUGGAGGAGCAAUGCUGUGUCAAAAACUAGGCUACAUGAUCCCUGACUGGCUCCCAAUCACGUGCAUGAUUAUUGCAGUUGGCAUGUUUUCUAGUGGAGUCAGGUCUCUUCCAUUCAUUAUAUGCCUCGAGAUGUUUAAUUUUCAGGUUCGAGCACAAAUCACAGGAAUCAUACAAACGUAUGGAUGGGGGUUGGCAUCGACGCAACUUCUGGCUUUUCCCACACUUAUUGAAACAUUUGGUCUUCAUAUAAGUUUCAUCAUCUUCGGUGCAAUUAAUUUUAUUGGGAUGGUGAUUGCUCUUUUCAUACCAGAAACUAGAGGCAUACCUGAAGCGGAAAUUUUGAGAAAAUUAAACAAAUAAAUGGUCUAACGACUGAAUUAUGAUUGGACCAAAUGUUAUGUGCUAUGAGCUAUGUGCUCAUUUAAUGGUUCAGGUUGAGUCGGAUUUAUAAUAAAAGUGUGACGAAAAAUGACGCGGUGGACAUUUUCAGCAACUCCAUGGAGACCUUUCGCCGAAGCAACCUGUCUGUGUUAAUUAUUUGCUUUCAUUAAAAUUUUCUUUUGCAUUGUUAUAUUCCUACAUAAUUGCUGUUUAUGUAUUUUUGU